CGCGCAACGGUACUCGCGUGCACAGUCGGCGCUCGCUUCGCACCACGCUGCGAGGUCUCUGCCCUCCUCCCGGUGAAUUUACACGCCUCAAUGCGUCCGCGCACCUUACAUUCCACAAUACAAAAAGUUCGAUUUCUUACUCGCACCUUAAACAGAAUAUUGGAAACGCGAAUCUCUUAAUCGCGAUAACUUCGAGAGCCCAAGUUCUCUCACUUGGAACUUUUAAUGUGCCCCAUUACGGCACGCAGCGGUGUGUAAGAGAACUUUUAUCAAUACAGCCUUUUAUAAGCUCUCAACUCUUCGGGAGUUAAAUGUGAUUUGUGAAAUGUUGCGAAUUAUGGAGAUUUUAUGUUUGCACAUCGGCGAGGUGGUUUUUUACCGUGCUUGAGCGCUAAAGUGAAAAUUGUGUGAAUUAUUGAACAAGGAACUCCUUGAAGGGAAAUAUUAAUAAGAUAUCGAAGGAGCAUAUAUAUAAUUUCAGGCACAAUGUGGACACUUCUUCUUCUCUUCAUGGUUCCCGUGUUUGGACAACAACAGUGGGUGCCGUGUUCCGAACUGAACGAUGACCUUCGGUACCCUUGCCGGUGUCGGGUGCAAGUUGACCGGGCGCUCCAUCUUACAAUCCUGAUGAACUGCGACCACGUGGUCUUCGGUGGUGACUUCCCACCGUUGCCUUAUGGUGCUCCCAUCAUGUCUUUUAGCCAAAGACGGGCCGGCCACCAGACAUUACCGACACAGAUAUUUUCAACCUAUGGCUUACCUCUUAAGGAGUUGGACUUUUCACACAAUAGCCUUCGACGCCUUCCCGACCGUCUACUAGCCGGGAUCCGAGGCAAUCUUACCAAGUUGGUUCUUGCUGACAACCUCCUUGGGGAUAAUUUGAAUCCCAUAUUCUCUACAGCCGAGCUCCAUAAUCUGCCAGCAUUAGAAGAGCUGGAUUUGAGUGGAAACAGCAUUAGAGGAAUAGAAGAAGGUUUGCUGAUUGGUUGUGAUCUUCUUAAGAUAUUACGCUUGAACCGCAACAACAUAAACUCCGUGCCUUCAUCUUCUCUAAACGGCCCACAAGCAUUACGGGUUAUUUCUUUAAGAGAAAAUAGAAUAGUUUCAAUUCGACAAGCAUCUUUCAUAUCACAGAAGACUUUAGAAGAGAUCGACUUACAUGGAAACAUGAUAUCUGUCAUUGAAGGCGGAGCGUUUAUAGGCUUAAGUGCACUACAAAGCCUCGAUCUCGGUCGGAACAGACUCUCCAAGUUCAACAGCGACGUCUUCCAAGGCAUCGAGAACCUCGAAAAGUUGGACCUCUCUGAAAACUUUAUAACCGAUUUUCCGACCGUUGCUAUGAAAUCAUUUGUCGGUCUCGGAUCUUUGAAUCUUUCCAGCAAUAUGAUCACUAAUAUCGAUAACAGCCACCUCAGUUCUUUGGUUUCUUUACAAAUGCUCGAUCUUAGUAGAAACAAUCUCAUUAAAUUAUCACCAGGAACCUUUGUAGGCCUUACUGAUUUGCUGUAUUUAGACAUUGGAGUUAAUUCUCUUCGAACUGUCGAGGAUGAUGCGUUUGAUGGAUUAACUAGUCUUCGAACAUUGCUUUUACGUGACAAUAAUAUACUUUUGAUACCGGCUACGGCUUUAUCACGACUACCAAACUUGAUCUCUGUACAUUUAGGUUACAACAGAGUGACAGCUUUAUCAAGUGAUAUUCUAAGAGCUGUAUCAGACAGAGUAACAUCAUUGGUACUAUCACGAAAUGUAAUCAGGGAACUUCCAUCUGCGGCUUUCGAUCAUUUUAAGACACUGCACCAUUUGGAUUUAUCAGGCAAUUUGUUAAACUCAAUCGCAGCUGAAGUUUUUAGCGGACUUGAGACGACUCUUCAAUUUUUAUCUCUAAGCCAAAAUAGGAUAUUAGGAUUCACUGGACAACAAUUGAAGUUCGUAAGCCUUUGGUUUUUGGAUAUAUCAGAUAACCAAAUUUCAGAAAUACCGAUUAACGCCUUCGAAUCUAUUCCAAGUUUAUUGCAUUUAAAUAUGAGUCAUAAUGAUCAUAUUAGUACUCUUCCUCAGAAUGUAUUUGAAAAUAAUCAAGGUCUAAUGACCAUAGAUAUGAGUUAUAUUGGUUUAAAGGCACUUCCUGUGAAAUUGUUUUCGAAAACACUUAACUUGGAGCAUAUUUACUUAUCACAUAAUAACUUGCAGGAAAUUACCGAACACACCUUUAAGAAUCUUAAAAACUUAACUGUUUUAGAUCUUUCGUAUAACAAUAUUGUUAGUAUAAGGGCUCCGGCAUUUGUUAAUGUAAUGUCUAUACAAUAUUUGUCUUUAAAAGGAAAUCAAUUGAAUGCUUUUAAAGGCGAGUUCUUCAAUACUGGCACCAGUUUAGAAGUUAUGGAUUUGUCAGACAAUCAAUUAAGUUAUUUGUUCCCAUCGUCAUUCAAAAUACACCCACGUCUCAGAGAAAUUAUAUUGACUAAUAAUAAAUUUAAUUUCUUCCCGUCAGAACUUAUAAGUACAUUACAAUAUCUUGAAUUAGUCGAUUUAUCAGGCAAUGCUUUGAAAAACGUUGAUGAACUAGAUUUUGCUCGACUUCCGAAAUUAAGAACUUUAUUACUAGCAAGAAAUGAUUUGGAUACAAUAAGUGAAAUGGCGUUCCACAAUUCAACACAAAUACAACAUUUAGACUUAUCUAAUAAUAAAAUAGAUCGUUUGGGAGAUAGACUAUUCGAGGGACUUAUUAGGUUAGAACUUUUGAACUUGGAUGGAAAUUUAUUAACAGAAUUAUCUGACAAUAUUUUUGAUCGGAGCAGGCUACAUAUGUUAGAAAAAAUUAUAUUGAGCAACAAUAUCUUUGAACAUCCACCAUUAAAAGCUUUACAAAAACAAUACUUCUUUGUUUCUUCCGUAGAUUUGUCCAAUAAUGAAAUAGUUGAUGUACCAGCAGAAGACAGUGUUAUGGUAAAUAUUAAGAAACUAGAUUUAUCUUUUAACCCACUUUCAGAAAAAACCUUGAAUAAUAUUCUGACUGAACCAAAAACUGUUAGAGAACUAAAUUUAGCAGGAACUGGAAUUAGAUCAGUAGGCCAACUAGAAACGCCGUUUUUGCAUAGUUUAAAUUUAUCAUUCAAUAAUAUCACGUCACUUUCGGAUAAAACAUUUGCUAGAACAACUUUAUUAGAAUCAGUAGAUCUCUCAAAUAAUCAAAUAUCUGAUGUGUCUGGUUCAUUAGCUAAUUCUUGGCCUAAACUUAAAAAUCUUCAAAGAUUAAAUAUUUCCAGUAAUCCUAUAAUUAAAAUUACAGAAGGCAAUUUUGAUGGUCUUUCCUCUCUUCGAGUAUUGGACAUAAGAGAUUUAGAUAAAUGUACUCGAAUAGAGAAAAACGCUUUUAGAAGUCUAUCAAAUCUUAUAGAACUCAGAGCUUAUGGAUAUCCAAGGCUUGGAUACUUUGAUGUUCAAGGAACUCUUCAAUACUUACUUGCCCUAGAAAAAUUAGAUGUAGAGUUAAAAGAUACGUCUAUUGGUGCAGAUCAAUUACAUUCCACUUUACACCCACGUCUUGAAGAGUUAGGUGUUAGAGGCUCUCGUUUAAAAACAGUUUCUUCUGGAGUGUUAGCUGGUUUGAAAGCUCCCGCCAUAACAGUGCGGUUUCGUAAUACAUCCGUAACAACUUUACCACCAGCAUUGCUAUUUCCUCUACCCAGAUCAUCUCAGAUUGUAAUAGAUAUUGCUGGUAGCCAGUUGUCAACUCUUCAACCCCAGUUGUUAGUAGCGCUCGAUGAUCGUCGUGCAGACUUAUCAAUGUUUGGCCUAGAAACGAACCCAAUAAGGUGUGAUUGCAAUGCUCGAGCAUUACGAAGAUGGUUGCCAAACGUUGGUAUAGAUGAUGUUCGUUGUGAUUCUCCGGAUCAUUUGUCAGGGUUUCUAUUAGUAGAAAUUGGAGAUGAUGAGCUUUCUUGUGAUACUAAACGAAGAACAACAAUAUUAUCUUCAUCAUCUAGUAUUUCAACUACAAUACCACCUCGUUUAGUACACCGUACUUCAGCAGAGCCAGAUAUCAUUUGGUCUGUUGCACCAUCUCACGAACGACCGAAGGUUACAGGAGAGCCAAAAGGUGCACCAGUAGUUGGUGUAGCGUCAUCGAAUAAUGACGAUAAUUUGAUAAUAGGUAUAGUAGGUGGUGUAGUUGCAUUUAUAGCUAUUUUAAUUGUAGCGAUAUGUGUUGUUAGAUUAAGAAUGACAACAACAUCAUACAGAGGUGGUCCUUUAGCUAGUAGCCCGACAACUGGUGCUACUCCAAUGUGGGGACCUCCGUGGCCAGGGUAUGCCGCUACUUUGCCUCCUGCAUCAUUGUCUAAUGCUACUUUGCCUCACAAGGUGCAACCGGGUCCAGGAUCAGUGCGAUACUUAGCACCACCACCACCGCCAGCUCCUUAUUUUAUUAGCAUGCCACCACACGACGAUAAAAUAUACCGGUAGGAUAUUUUACAUUAUAUAAUUUUAAAUAGACUGCUAACGUAUUAUUAGUGCUAUGCCAUUGAUCAUGUAAAUAUUAUAGUUGAGAAAGAAUAAUCAUAUCAAUAAUUAGGUUUCUCAGAAAACCACGUAUUCACACGUUGUUCAUAUCGUUGUAGAUAUUUUAAAUAAAUAAAUAAUUUUGCAAUAAUAUUUUAUUGCUUAUUAGUACAUAAACAAUUUUAUAUUUCAUUAGAUUUAUUAAUUCUCAGGCUAGAUUUGAUCAAUCUAGUCACCAGUGGAAGUUUUCAUAGAUUUAAAUAUUAUAUAACGAACUCAAAGACAUUUCAUAAGCAAUAUAAAAUAGUGUACAUAAAUAAUAAAAUAUGCAUUGUACUUUUUACAAAGGUGGUAUGUUUGUUAUUGGAAGUAUUUAUUUAACACUAAUUAUCUUUAAGUUUAGUCGUAUGUUUGUGUAAUUCUAAUAUUAUUAUUUAAUUAAAUAUUUGUAAGCAUAUUUGCAG